CAAGGGGGCGGCUCCUUCUCGGCGGCUGGCGCUCAGGACCGCAGCAGCAGCAGCAGCAUGAGCGGGCCGGAGAGUGGCAGCGGAUCAGAGCUGCCGCCGCUGCCCAAGAGCCUGAGCGGGCUGCUGAACUCCUCCUCGGGCGGCGGCGGGCGCUGGCGGGACCUGGAGCGGCUCUACGCGCAGAAAUCCCGCAUCCAGGACGAGCUGAGCCGGGGGCGGGCGAGCAGCGGCGGCCGAGGCUCCCCCCGGCCGCCCAACCUGGACGCGGCGCUGGCCCUGCUCCGCAAAGAGAUGGUUGGCCUUCGGCAGCUGGAUAUGUCAUUGCUAUGUCAACUGUACUCCCUUUAUGAAUCAAUACAAGAAUACAAAGGGGCGUGCCAAGCUGUAUCUAGUGCAGACUGCACAUAUGCUUUGGAAAAUGGCUUUUUUGAUGAAGAGGAGGAAUAUUUCUAGGAACAACAGAGCAGGGACAAAAGUGCAUGGAUCAGUCUUUCACCCUGUGUAACUCCCAUUUCCAAGAAAGAUUGGAGACUGGAAUUUAUCUAGACAUCUCUUCUUGUGGGGUACACCCCCGCUACCUUACCUCAUUUAUUUCUGGCAGACUGUCAAUACAAGUUACACAUGCAUAAGCUACUUCUGGAAAGUGAUGUGCUACACGUUUUGAGGAGUCCUCCAGCAUGUUUGACAGGUGGUAUCAUUUUUAGUUUGCAGGCUGGGUGUUUCCAACCUACUGAUUUUUGGCAAGUAACUUACAGCUAUAAUUUUGAUCAAGAGAGUGAUAACAUCCUGAGUAUUCUAAUAACUCUUUUGUAAUUGUGGUGUGAAUAACUAUGGAUGGUAUGCGUUUGUCAACAGUACAGAUAAAUACUGUUUGCAGAAAUGAUUUGAUACACACAUUCCAAGCUGUACUAAGCUAGUCUGCUCUUAUCAGCCACGUCACUUAACUCCAGUUCUGCACUGGGUGGAUUGUUUACACAAUUUCUCAGAUAUUUGUCUUUCCCCCUCUCUACAUAAAACCAUAUUUUGCCACGUUCUUUUCCUCCUAGCCCAAAAGUUAUAUGUAUGCUAGUGAAUGUUAUCAGUACCUUUUUUUUCCUGCUGAUCUAAUUCACUUUCUUAGUGCUACCAAGGGGCUAAAACUUUUACACUGACUUCUAGGGAUGUCUUGCAUAAACAUAGUUCUGUGACUGCUAACAUCUGUUUCAAAAGUUUUACUCAGCUUUUACUGUAUUGAAUAGUAAAAGCAUAGGUUCAGUCAGUCUGUCGGCCACUGUGUGGCUUGUAAUAAGCCAAACUCUUAUGCAAGUGUUUUCAGUCGCAUGAACAUGAAGUAUCAGAAAACCUUUAAUACAAGAUACUGGGACAAACUGCAAUAUUUUGUACUGGGUGAACUUUGUUUCUGGAAGGUAACCUUCAACUUAAAAAAACAAAAACAAAAACAAACCUACAAAAUAAGUAUAUUGGGAUUAUAGUUUGCAUAUGUUAAUACUUUUGAUACCACCAUAUUUGCUUAGAACUAAGCUUGAAGUAUAAUUUUUUUGUUUUCAGUGCUUUUUAAAGCAUUAAACUAUGUUUAUUACGA